UUUUCUUCAGUGACAUUGCUUUUUGACAGCGACUUUUAAUGUAGACAUCUAAAAUAAUUUUUAAUGCAAACGUUGAAUAAUUAGAAAAAAAUACAAGAAAAUAUAAGUAAAUAUUUGAUUCUUAUCGUAACAAAUUAGAAAUUUAAAAUGUCGGCAACAGAUCAAAUGCGAGCAAUGCUCGACCAGUUAAUGGGUACUACACGCAAUGGAGACGAUGGCCGAGGACUUAAAUUUUCAGACCCCCGUGUGUGUAAAAGUUUUCUGUUGGAUUGCUGUCCCCACGAUAUACUAGCAUCCACUCGUAUGGAUUUGGGAGAUUGUCCUAAAGUUCAUGAUUUAGCAUUUCGAGCAGAUUAUCAAAGUGCAGCAAAAUCUCGUGACUACUAUUAUGACAUUGAGGCAAUGGAACAUUUGCAAGCAUUUAUAGCAGACUGCGAUAGACGCACCGAAGCAGCCAAGCAACGUCUAAAGGAAACACAAGAGGAACUAACGGCCGAAGUGGCAGAAAAAGCUAAUGCAGUACAUGCUUUAGCCGAGGAGAUUGGCAAGAAGUUGGCCAAAGCUGAGGCCCUGGGUGAAGCCGGUGAAGUGGAAGAGAGUAUGUCCCUAAUGAAAGAAAUCGAUGAGUUACGCGCAAAGAAAAUUAAAGCCGAACAUGAGUACCGCACAUCAAUGCCUGCAUCAACAUAUCAACAGCAAAAACUACGCGUUUGUGAAGUUUGUUCAGCCUACUUGGGUAUCCAUGAUAACGAUAUCAGAUUAGCAGAUCACUUUGGCGGUAAGUUGCAUUUGGGAUUUUUAACCAUAAGAGAAAAAUUAGCCGAUUUGGAGAAGACAGCCGGGCCACGCAAGGCUGAACUGAAGCGUACGGGCAAGAUCCAUGAACGCGAUGAUGAUCGAUCACGUUCACGUUUCUUUGUCGGUGGCCGUGAAUUGGAUCGCCGUUCACGUGUUCAUCGGUCUCGUUCUCGCGAACGACAGCGUCGUCCCGAUGGCCCCAGUACAACUAGUCGUUCGGAUCGUAGAGAUCGAGAUAAUCGUGAGAGUGAUUCUGAUCGCAAUAGAAACAGCGGACGUGGUGGCUCUGAUCGUAGAAGAUCUCGAUCACGUUCCCGUGGACGUAGCUUUAACUCCCGGAGAAGAUCAAAUUCACGUGAUCGCCAUCGCCGUUAGUUUAAUUUAAUUAAGAUUUAACUAACAAAUGUGAUUGCUGGAAAUGUCGUACAGAUAUAAUUACUUUGGCAUAAGACGUGACACAUCCAGUAGCAGAUAAAGUUUCGAAUGUGGCGAAACACUUUUUUUACCGUAGGCAUCAUUUUAUAUAGCACGUAUGUAAAUUUCGAAUUGCUUUUAAAUUCACAAACUUAACGUUGUUUAAUAAUUAUUUAAUUUUUUUAAUUUUCUAAGCAAACACACAAAACAUUUUUUUCCCUUAGAUUUAAAAAUUAUUCACUAUUAUUUUACUUUUUUCAUAAUUGGACAUUUUAAUUUUUUGAAUUAUGUUGUAAUAAAGCAAAAUAACAAUUCUAUAUAGAUAAUGGAAGGAAAAUAUGAAAAAAAUCGCAAACAUUUGAAGCAUAUAAAUUUCAUAGAUAAAUUACAAACUGUAUGUAUUUAAAAAUAAAAACUAUUUUACGGGGUUAAUAUUAGAUUGAUAAAUAUGUAUGUAUGUAUGUAUGUAUGUAUGUAUUUUUGGGAAUAUUAAUAAUCUUUAUUUACAAACAUUUUUUUCUCUCAUACUAAAAUAAGCCAUCUAUCUAUCCAAGGCCAAGCUAGCCCAACAGCCAGUUGGUUAUUAGAUAAUCCACCAUUGUAUAAAUUAGAGCUGAUUUUUUUGGUAAGGAAAUAAGAAACAAAACAAACGUAAACAAACUUUGUCAUUUCAGCCAGCAUACGCAUACAGCGUUUUUAAGACACUAUGAGAUUGAAUGAUUGAUUGAAUGAUAGUUUAGUUAUUGGGUACGUAUAACCGUGGCAGUGAUGUAUUCUUCUGUGUAAUAUGAAUGGUGAGCAAUAAGCUUUACAUACAUACAUAGUUGUUAGAUAUAUUUAAAUUAUCUGUUUUGCUAAAAAAAAAAGAAAAACAAACAAAAAGUACUGAAUUUCUACUUUAACUCUACGAUAAUGUAUUUUACAGCAUUUUGAGCUGAAAAUGUAUACUUGUUGACAUGAUUAGGUUGUUCGCCCACCCAUCCGUUUCGUCUAUUGGUACGUAUGUACAAAACAACUUGUUUUCACAUUAGUUUUUCUUCAUCUUCAAGAAUAAACCAACAUGUGAGUACAGACUUUUUGCUUAAUAUUUAAAUAGAUGGCGACUAUUCCAUAUCACAGUUGGGUAUGUAUUCUAUUACUACAUAUAUAAAAAGAUGCUGUUGAUAAAUGAUGAUUUAUUUUAUUGUAAAAUUCUAAAUGUGCUAAAAGUACUUUUUACUGUAUGUGUAUCUUCUCAGCCGUUUGACAUUAUUAGUAUGUAUUACGAAGAAACCAAAAAAGAAACUUCCUUGAGAAGAUUUGCAAUAGCAGGGACGUUACUUAUUUGUAUGUAUGUAUAAAUGUAUCUUAAAGAGCGGAUAUUAGACUAUAAGACCUGUACGUUUCUCAAGAUUGCUUUACCUUCAUACUUUUUUCAUGGUACGUAUUUAUGAUUUCCAUUUUAUAAUAGCAGAUUGAUUCUACUUUUUCAUUUCGUUAUAAUAACAACAAUAUUUUUGUAAGUGAGUUUUAACUUAAAUAUAAAAUGUAUUAAUGUAAAAUGCAUUAAAACAAUUAUUAGGAAAUUAAUUAUUCAUUGAAAUUGAUUUAAUUAUUCUAUUAUUCAUACAGUUUUCUUUAUUUUCAACCUUUUAAAGUUUUUAUAAUUUCAUUGGAAAAAAAUAAAUAAAUUACAGUUUAUAAUAAACUUUUAAUUUUGGAAAAAAAAGUCAUAUAAAAGUUUGUUUCUUAUUAUUUCCUGCUUAAUCUUAAAGGAUUUUACAAACAUGUAUAUUUCAUAAUAGAAACAACAACAGAUAGCUAUUUCUUUCACAUACAAUCGGAAAGAAAUCCUCUAAGUUGACGAAGUUAGCUUCGUUUGAAACUUGAUGUUUAAUUAAAAAAAACUGAGGAUUAAUCAGCAACACAUUUCGAAAAUAAAUAGAAAUUUCCCAAAUUUCAAAUUUAAAUAGAAAUUCUUUAAAUUUCGUAAGUAUUUUCUUUAAAUUGUACUACGAAGUUUAACUUUAGUUUAUUAGAAAAAAUAAUUAUUUUCCAAUUCAUAAUCAUAGCGUUGUAUCUUUGUGUGUGAGUCAUAGUUUCAGUUUCAAACGUCUUACAACUUUACAAUGCUACAACAUCGAUUGUAAAUUGGACAAUUAUUUAGUUUUCAUUCAAAUUUAUAUUUGUGACUGUUCCUUAUUUUAUUAAAAAUUUUUUCUAUUUGCAACUCACUUGUCGCGCUACUUGUCCUUUAAAUAUUGACAGAGUGAAUUCAAAUUUCUUAAAUUUAAAACUAAAACUAAUAGUACUAGUUUCAAUAUUACUUCAACUUUUUAUAAAUAUAUAGAGGUAAUGAGAUUGAAUUAACUAAAACCAUGUUAGCAAUAAUUUUUUUUUUAAUUGGGUAUUUAAGAUAUGAAUUGACCAAAAAAAAUGUACAUGACUGUGGAAAUAUUAUAAUCAGCGUUUAAUUGAAUUCAUAUUUAAAACUAUUUUUAAGAAUACAAAUGUUGUAAUCAGUAAUUUAAAUAAAGUCUCUAAAAUAAAUAAAAA